CCCACCGAUGCUGUGGCAGAGGGACCUUUCGAAGAGGAUGAGGACUUCGAGGACGACACUUGGAUUGAGCCCGCUCAGUUGAUGGCACAGAUGCUCGGCGCGGUCGCCGAUAGGCAGCCUGCAUCUUCUGUGGGCCAGACGGGUUUAGCGGAUCACGAUGAGGUAGAUCUGCAGGAUGUCAAUGUACCCGCUGCUGAUGAGAUGGGUCGUGGUAAGCGGCGGCGUACGGCGAAUAGGAUGUUCGACGGCUUUGUAGGACAUUAA